AUGGCGACCGAAUACCGACAACGUCCCGGCAUGGGCGACCAUUUCGACGACGAGGAUCUUGUGAUGAGUUCAGCCCAACAACGACGAAACUGGCGUGGGAUACUCAUCGCUUUGAUGGUCAUCGUAGCGGUUUUAGCUAUGAUAGUAACGUCUGUAGUCUUAUUGACUCCGCCUCAACCAGAAGAACUGUCGGACUCGUAUUCAGACUUGGAGAACGGUGAUAGAGCUGGAUCGGACUACUAUUACAAUCAACGGGCAAACGAUGAACUUUGGUGGCGUCACCGAGGUAUGAGGACAUUACGUUUAUCAGAUAUACUGUCAGAUUCAGCAAACAUAAAAUUAUUCAACGGAACGUGGAUUUCGGGUACCGAGAUAUUUUACGUAACCGGCACUGGUAACUUGGCCAUUAUGGAGAUUAUGGCAGACGGUAUUACGCAGACUACUCACCACAUAAUGUCCAAAAAAACGUUACAGAAAUUAAAAGGUCCGCUAGUGUCAUUCGAACUAUCACCUGAUCGUAAUCACGUGCUCAUAGGUCAUCACGCAAAAAAAUUGUUCAGAUAUUCGAAAACGGCUCGUUAUACGGUUUAUACUGUGUCAACCAGGCAAAUGACCCCUAUAACGUUGGAAGAUCAUCGAAAUCACCGAAACGUAACCACUUCUGCUGAUCUACAGCCAUAUUUUCUGCACGCUCAGUGGCACAAGUUUUCGACUGUGACCGAGAAAAACGUAGAGUCUAUGGCGUUAAUCGUCGUGUAUCGGUACGAUGUGUACUACGUGCCGUGGUCGCUGGAAUUGACAGCUACCCCGGGUACCAACAUUUUGAAAAAUAAUGUCACAAUAGAUUCACAGACGUCAAAUGUCACCAACUCCUCGUAUACUCCUCUUUCCACUCCAUCCCUAAACGAUAAACAAGACAAUGGCGGAGACAACAAAACGUCUAAUAAAUUGAUAUGGAACCCAUGGCCUUACGGCCCAGUUCGCCGAAUCACCACGUCUGGGUCUGGUGGAUCGGGUACCGCUGCCGGAAUCGUGAGCAACGGAGUAGCUGAUUAUCUAUAUGAAAUGGAGAUAUUGAAGAGGUCCCCAGCCAUAUGGCCAUCAUCGGGGCGAUAUCUGAUGUACGCAACGUUUGAUGAUCGACGGGUGGGAGAAUACAAGUAUUCAGUUUAUACGAAGGGUGGACGGCAACAUAACAACGUCGAUGAUGGUGAUACCGAAAAACAUUCUAAGCAGCGAAAACCAAAACGACGCAGGAGGCGUUUAAGACGAAAUUCAAAACCCGAGGAAGCACCAGGUACAACGGAAGACGACAGCACAUCUGAGUAUUAUUUGUACCCCCAUAUACGCACUCUAAAAUACCCAAAGGCUAACACACCAAAUCCCGCCGUCACUUUAUCGGUGAUCGUAAAUCUCGAUCAACUAGAAAAUAAGCAAAUACAACCAAAAAUACGCACCUUGACACCACCACCAAUUUUCCAAUAUACUGACGAUUACUAUUUCACUGCAGUUCAAUGGGUAAACGAUGGAGGUAUCGGCAGUGGAAGUGGAAGUCUAGAGAUGGACGAUGAUAAAUCAGGUGCUUCGGCAGCCGAGGUAUGCGUGGUCUGGCUGAACCGGGCACAAAACACAAGCGUGACGACUCUCUGCAAAUCACCCAUGUGGAUGUGUCAGGAGACCCAAGUGAUUAACGCAGUAGGAGCUGUUGGCGGUGGCAGUGGCAUAAGAGGUGGACAAGGAAGUGAGACUUUCAACAGUGAUCGCGCUCGUCGUCGGUACAGACGCAAUGGUGGUGGGUCACAGAAAACAUCACAUGAAGCAGUCCAUGGAAUGAAAAACCACAGUUCUAACACAUCUUCGUCGAACAAAGAAGACCACCGUCGUCGCCGUCAGCCACACCAGCACGGCCAACAUAAGCAUGGUGGUCAACAUCAGCAUAACGGCCACCACAGCCGUCGCCGACGAGACGGAUACGUUAACUCUGGUAGCUACGAAGUUCCGAGAGGACGAUAUGGUGGUUGGGUGGAUGCCACUGUCGGCGGGGCUGGUGGUGGAGUUCCGUCUACCGGAGGUGGUGUCAGCGAUGGCGGCUACCGUAUGAUCUCGGCCAGCACAUGGUGGUCAGGUGGACCCAACAUCAACGAUGGGGGAGAAAACUUCGUAGGCGACGAUGGAUACGCUGGCAUAGCUGGUUUUGGUAGCACUGGGACUGGUGCUGUGUAUGCCAUGGCCGCUUUGGUUCGUAAGGGAUGGGAAACGGGUGACAAGGAACUGACACCGCGAGCGCCGGUGUUCGCGAUGGAUGGUCAGGGAUACGUUAGCGUAGCACCGGUACGCGAUGACGAGCACGACGAAAACGAAGAGCAAGACAGCGAAGGAGGGGUGCGUCUCCGACGACCGACCGUAAAACAGUCAUCACGCGACCGAAAUGGCAAAAGCAGGUCACAGUCAUCAAUUGGAAAGUAUUAUGCACAAGUUGUAGCUGUAAAUAUAACGAAGAAACUUUUAGCACCACUAACAUUUGGUGAAUUUGACGAUGACAACGACAACGAUGGGAACAAAGAAGACAAAAAAAAAAGCAAAGUCGUCACUAAAAGUUGGACGGUAGUCAGGAUUUUGGCUUGGGACCAACGAACUGAUAUGAUUUACUUUCUUGCUGUACCAUCUGGUCGUGGCGCACCACACCACCGUAAUUUGUAUGCAGUCAAGUUUACGUCUGCAGCAUCUUCAACUACAGUAAAUACUGAUGCCGGUUACCGAAUGGGGCACCAUCAUCAACAACAGUUCCGUAAAACUUACCGUCAUAGCAACCGUAGUAGGCCAGUAUGUCUAAGCUGUGAUAUAGGGUUUACCGGCAACAUAAGACGUCGAGAACGUCGUGAAUUUGGUGGAAAACAGAACCGAAUGGAUGAGGCACGAGACGGUCGGUUGAGGCAGCAACAGCGGGAACGAUGGGAAAAUCUAAAGGAAGAAGAAGAAGACAAUGAAGAGGAAGCUGCCACAGCGGAAGAAGCAGAACGCCGUCAGCAGCGAAAUCGUCGACAGCAGCAACGAGAAUUGCAGAAUCGUGGUAUGUUGAGACACUGCACAUACUUCGAUGCCCAGUUCUCAAGGGAUGGUAGCCAUUAUGCUUUGGUGUGUCUGGGUCCUUCAGUUCCAUAUGUUACAUUGCAUAGAACCAUAUUAGAUGAUAUUGACAAUUCUGAAGACAACAGUGAUGGUAGUGGCAGUAAUGAUGAACCAGACAGCGUUCCACUAACUACACAGAAAAUGCCUAAAGAUUCUUCCUACUCCUUUGAGUUGAUUGCUCUUAUAGAAAAUAACACUCGUCUACAGGACAAGUACACGAAUCGAGUGUUGCUACCAGGUACCAGAACUUUUCAAUUAAGACUUUCCGGCGGUCGGAAACUGACCACUUCAGGAGGCUUACAUUUUAAUGAUCCACUUGCAGCAGCUGAUUAUUAUAGUAAUGGUGGAGACAAUCAGCAACACUUUUCGACUAAAAAACGUCCGGAUUCAGAUCCUCUGACCGUGGCACAGGUCCGAUUGUAUCUACCAUUAGGCGUUUACGAUCCUGAGGCUGAUCCUCGUCCAGAAUUCAUGUCAAACCAUAUCAGAAAUUCUGGAAAGUCUGAUAAAAUUGAUAUUACUAAUGACGAAGUAACCACUAAAACCAGUGACAGCUCUUCAACUAAGCACAGCCAUCGGCGUCGACGACGCUCGUCAUCAUCUUCAUCUUCCGCACAUAAUAGCAAUGAUGAUAGUGGAGAUGGAUCAAAACGACAACGACGUCCACGAAAAAAACAACGUCAACAUCGUUUGAAAAAGUUGUAUCCUAUGCUUGUGGUAGUUAACUCAGACCCAGGGUCACAGGCUAUCACUGAUCGAUUUACUGAUCGAUUAGGCUAUACUACAGGAUUACUAUGCUCAGGUUCAUUGGGUAGAACGCUACCGAGUGCUAGUGGUAGAAGUUCAGCAGGCCCAAGAUACAGUGGGAAUGAAUGGGAUCGUCAGCGGCCGAGAGGUCGUCGAGAUCGUCGGUCUCCGGCGACUAGAUAUUAUUCCUCUGGACAUUCAGACGACUACGAUGACGACUCUUAUGACUACGAUCAAAAUAAUGACGACGAUACGAAUAAUAAUGAGUACGUAGUGGCUGUGAUAGAUACAGGACGAGGGACAUGGGCUCGAGGUUAUGAGUCAUUGUUGGCUUUAAAUUAUGGAGAUGGCAAUGACGGAUAUGGAGAUGAUAGCGGAGAAGACGAUGUUGGGCCAGGUGGACUUCUUGGUACUGCUGACCUUCGUGAUCAAUUGGAAGCAGUUGAGUACCUGCUUUCGAGCUCUACCGCCACCAGCGAUGGUUUUAAAGACAGUGGUCAGGGAUAUUACAGCGAAGAUCGCCCAAGAGGUAGUAGUAGCCGUGACCGUUCUAGAUGGUUCUCGCCGACUUCACAAUCAAAUAGAAGGUACUAUAGCGAUGAUGAUGACUAUUAUGAUGAUGACGAAGAAUAUGAUGACAGCACCGACAAAAAUGACAACGAAGAUUACUACUAUUAUUACUAUAGCAAUGACGGAGAUAAUGGUGACUAUAGUGAUGAUAACCGAGGAGAUAAUUUUUACAGGGACAACGAUAGUAAGAGAAGUCGUAGAGACCGUAGAAGCGCUAGUGACACAAAAGCAAACACUGAGGCACUAAGGUUGCCAUACGUAGAUGCAAGUAAAGUAGCGUUAUUGGGCGGUGGACCAACAUCGCCUUCAACACCACCAUCAGUCUAUGGUGGAUAUGCUGCUGCUCGGAUGGCUUUAUGGCAAACCAUUUAUGGUGGUGCACCAAUUGAGAAAAAAAGUGAUGAAUCUGGUGACAAAGGAAAUAGAAAGGAGCCUGUGGCAAUUCGCUCUUCGUUCAAGUGUGCUAUAACUAUGGCACCUGUGUGUUCGUGGCGCCUAUAUGCUUCUGCAUUUGCUGAACGUUACUAUGGAUAUUACGGGGAAAAUGAUAGAGAUAACUGGAUGUCAUAUGACCGUUCAGACUUAAUACCAUUAAAUCCUUCAUUAAACGAGUCUUCGUUGUCACCGUCUUCAACCGGAAAAGGAAUAAACUUAUUAGUGAUGCAUGGAACUGCGGACACUACAAUACAUCCACAGAACUCGAUGAUGCUAGUUCGAGGAGUCAUGCAACAACAACAACAACAAUUCGUACCUACUGGACUUGUCAGUAGUGUUGGACGCCGAAAUAAUAAUUCAACUACAUCUGGAGGGCGAUUCGCUGGGGGAUUUCCUACACGCGUUGGAGCCAUUAGGAUAUCACAACUAGUAAUGCCAGAUGCAGACUUGAGUAACUCAAGAAUGGCAACAGACAUAGAAAACGGUUCUCCCAUAGACAACCACCAUCAACUACUUCACUCAAUUUUCGGUCAUGUCACACAAUAUCUGGCCUCAGAGUGUUUUACCAGUGUAGGUGAUGGAAAUCGAGGCCGAGGCAUUAGGACGCGUAACCGGCGCUUACGAAAACGGAGGAGAAGGAGAUGGAGGACCAGUAAUCGGGACCAAGAAAAAUCAGAGGACCAGCAACAGCAGAAACGGGGGGAAGAACACCAACAGCACCAGCAAAACCAGCGCAGUGACAAAAGUAAUUCCGAUACUAGCAAUGAAAGCGGUGGGGGUGGUGAUCGUAGUUCCGGUGGUAGAUACCGUCGACACGAUAUUGAUAGCAAUCAGCCAAACUCGGAAAGCAGUAUCAAGAAUGACAUGGUAGAAGUAAAAAAUAAGGUUAAUGGCGCUUAUAGUGAUAAUAGAAUAAAAAAUAUCAGUUGGCUUAACAGCUACAUGGGAAAUUUUACCAUUCCUAAUAACAGUAAUAACAGGAGUAACAAUGUCAGUAAGAGAAGAGAACGAGAUGACGACGAUGGAGCAGGAGUCAAUGAAGAAGAUGAUGAGGGAGAAGAAAGCGACGACGAAUACUAUGACUCAGAAGAGAAUGAUGAAGAAGACGGAGAUGGUGAAGAUGGAGAUAAUGACGACGAUGAGUAA